AUGAGCCUGAUGGUCAGAUACUCCACGCGCACCAAGAUCAGUUCAGUAAUGAUCAAGGACCUGUGUUUAUUAAAGUAUGUGUUGAAGUUGUUUAUACAAGAUUAUAAGAGGGUUCCGGCAGGAUUCUCGUAUGAAAAGGUUGCCAAAAUGGCCGCACCUUUGCACAUCCAGCUGUUAUUGUCGAUGGUCUUGCCGGUAAUAGCCCAACUCGAAAUGAGAUUCACCAAGUACCCUGAAUCAGUGAUAGCUCCUUUUGGAGAUAAAGUAACGUUUGAGUGCGAAGUAAACGUGCCAGGUGAGAGGUUUGUGUGGCGGUGGAAGCCAGAGAGAGAGGAAGAGCAAUGGGUUGAUAUAGAGAAUGAGGAAGACGGCAGGAGAAUAGUCGCUGCUGUACCUGGGCGAAGCACAAAGCUCGAAGUCGAUGUUACAACGAAUAUGGAAGUUACUUUGUACCAGUGUGUGGUCUGGUAUGGAGCCGUGAGUCUAACUUCGGUUCCGGCACGCUUGACUGUGGCCAGGUUAAUCAGCUCUCCUGGCAAGAUCACGGCGGAUGAGAGAGUGAUUAUAGCACCGUUACACAAUACCAUAGUGAUACAUUGCAAACAGCCUGUUUCGGAACCACCUGCUGUACUUUCUUGGUUUAAGGAAGUUCCUAAGGGUAAUAGGAGGCAAAUAGAAACCCCUCACGGUAUCUUAGUAAUACACAAUGCAACGGUCGAAGACAGCGGGUUGUACAGCUGUAGAGCUACGAACGAGCUUAGUGGAGAUGUUCUUGAUGUGGCGCAAAAGAUACACUUAAAGGUACAACACGAAGGAAGUCGAGAAGUACGAUUUUUAGAAGCAGAUGACUACGUAGGUGUUAAAGACAAUGAAGGAGUCCUUACAAUGCCCAUUAAACCUAACGAGGCUCUGCGACUGUGGUGCGGAGCUGUCAGCACCCCUCCACCGAAGAUCACGUGGAGCUUAGAAGGCGAAGGAAUACUUAAAGAACAUAGCAAUUCAAAUGUGCUCACCAUAUCAGCUUUCACGCCAGCUAAUGAGGGCAUUUACUCCUGUUCAGCUAACGGCAUUCGUCGUUCAUGGAAGGUCAUAGCUUUGCAGCCACCUCGCUGGGAAGGCAACGUCUCAGUAGCCACUCCUAACGAAGGAAUGCAAGCUCACGUAUCUUGUGGAAACUCUUAUGGAGAACCAACACCGAAUGUGUACUGGGUCCUAAAUUCUGAAGUCGUGAAGAUUGAACAGAGCAUCAAGUAUAACAACACGGACCUGUAUAUCGAGCACGUACAGAAGCGUCACGCGGGCAUCGUGCAGUGCUUUGCGUGCAAUGUAUUAGGUUGCGCGUACUCAGCGGGAAUGCUUUCGGUGGUGCCUUUACAAAUAUCUGAUCAGGAUUAUACACCUGAACUACCAAAAAACAGAUACCCGAUGCAACCUCCUAAAAAGCACAGCAAGAAAAACCCUAGGAAACAUAAAGCUGUUUUGAUACCUCCAUCUCGUCCGAACGUCACAAGAUUAAGCGAUGAAAGUGUUAUGGUGUCGUGGACUCACGACAACCAAGGGCUCUCCAUCAGGUUUUUCAAGGUACAAUACAAAGAGGUUAGCAAUUCAAGCAACCAGCAAUGGAAUACUGCUAACCAGGACAUCCCACCGUAUAUUCACUCAUAUCAAAUAGACGGCCUCAUACCUGACAAAUAUUACAAGUUUCGAAUAGCAGCUGUAUAUUCGAACCAAGAUAAUAAAUCAGGCAAGAGUUCCAGCCGGUUUCAUUUACAGCACGGUGGAUUUAAAGCACCGCGAGCUCCUGUGCUCACAGGCGCCGUACCCAUGUCGGCUACAAGUAUACAACUAGAUUGGAAUUGGUCGAGCGGCGGUGAAGUGGAAGCGGAAGGUUUUUACGUAUACUACCGAGCAGUAGACUUCGCUGGUCCUUAUGAGAAGGUGACUGUUGCCGGUAGAGCACGGCGCUUGCUGAUCAACCACUUAACGCCUGACACCGGCUACGAUAUCAAACUGCAGGCGUACACUGCCCAGGCAGCAUCUGACUUCAGUGCUAUUAAGUCAGCGAAAACUCUUCGUCCAGCAGCGGGUGCAAUAACUAGCACGAGUCCAGCACCUACGGAAGAAACUUCCAGCACUAAAGCAUCUGGUGGAGGUGCAUUGGUCACGGCUGGAGGAGCGAUAGGCGCUGCAGCUCUUCUCGUCGUACUGGCUACAGCGUUGUUCCUAUGUCGACGUGCUAGAAGACCAACAGCUCACAAAGAAAAAGGCAAUGUGACAGAAAGCGGUGGGGCUAACGGGUACAUCCCUGCUAAAGUACCCAUUACUAUCACUGCAAAUCCGAUGCAUUCUGAGGGAGGUGAUGCGGGCGUAGAAAUGUCUUUUCUACACAAUAACAAUACUGGAAACAACGACGAUACGCUACCACAUUCAAGAAAGAAUGGAGCCGCACCACGGCAAUACGUGUGA